AUGGAGUUUCAUGUUGUGAUUUUAUGUGGAUUGGGGAAACAGUUGACACCUUUCUCUCAAGUGAGAUCAACUGGGAUACCAAAGGCAGUCUUACCAAUUGCGAACAAGCCAAUGGUAGAAUAUGUGCUACGGUGGUGUGAACUGGGGUUUUUCCCCAAAGUUACAAUUGUAACUGAUAGUGAUUCGGAACAAGUCAUCAAGCAAGCAUUGGUGGAUCAUAAAAAGUGGGUUGAAGAACAGAAGCAAUCUUUAACAGGAGAACAAGCUCAACCAGAAGCGGAAAGUGUGAUGGAUAUUGAUAUCUUAUCAUUGAAUGCCGAUACUAGUGGGGAAGUGCUUUACCAUAUAUACAAGAACAACAUUAUAGGUGCUUAUAAGCACUUUUUGUUAUUGCCUUGUGACUUUGUCACUGAUUUACCUCCACAAGUACUUAUUGAAGCUUACAGAAACAGAGAAGAGUCUGAUAUAGGUAUUUCAGUGCACUAUAGAAAUCUACUUGACAUUGAGGAUAAGAAGCAUAAAAUAUUUCCCAUAGAAUAUACAAUUUUCCUGGAGUUGAACGAUGGUCAGUGCCAAUUGUUGGACUUAUACUCCUCCGCCGAUAUCGAAUUCCAACAGGCAUUGAAAAUUAGAACCCAAAUGUGCUGGCGAUACCCAAACUCUUCCAUUAGCAUGUCUUUAAUGAAUAGUAGUAUUUUCUUUGGUUCAACAGUGGAGAUUUUUAAUAUCUUUGACACCAUGCAAGAGAAGUCAACAGAACAAUAUUUUGCAAGUCGGCCAAUAUCAAAGAUUGUACGAGACUUGGCUAGAAGAUCCUGGAAGCAUUCCCAACCCAAAGAAACUAUUGGGUUCAUGCUAGUUCCUGACCAGGCUACCUUCUUCCGUACAACUAAUACACAUGUUUUAAUGGAAGCUAAUAGAUAUUUCAUGAAGUUGCAAGCACAAGAGAAAGGAACCUCAGGAGCUCAGCAGAAUAAGGAUAAGUUAGCUGCUACCGUAGGUUUAGACUCUUUAGUUGGUGAAGGCACCACACUUGAUGAGAGAACUCAUGUUAAAAGAACAGUGGUUGGGAAUGAUUGUGUUAUUGGUAAGAGAGUUAAGUUGACAGGAUGUUUGUUGCUUAAUAAUGUUACCAUUGAAGACGAUGUCCAAUUGGAGAAUUGUAUCGUAGGUCAUGAUGUGAGAAUUCAAACAAAACUGAAAUUGGUUCAUUGUAAUGUUGAAUCUACCCAUGACGUUGUAAAGGGUACCCAGGCUAAGAAUGAAACCUUGCAUUGUUUAAGUUUGGAAGGUUUGAUUGAAGGUGAUGAAUCAGCAAUUGAAAGUGAUAGUGAUGACGAUGAUGACGAUGAUGAAAGCUCGUAUGAUGAAUACGAUGGUGAAUUCGAUGAUAAUGAUGAUGGCCUUUUCGGUUAUUAG